UUUGAUAUAUAACUACCGUAAAUGCUUGAAUAAUUACUCUCACCCAAAUAAUUACACCCUUUAAUAAUUACCCACACUUUUCCCACACAAAUUUUAAAAAUAUUCAAAAAAUCAUUGUCAUUUUUAAUUAUUUUAACAUUUUAAGACACAAUAUCAAAAAAUAAAUAGAUUUCCUCCUCGAUUUAUUGAGAUAUACCCCAAAUUUGUCACCUCCUCUCGAUUAAUUACUCCCUAAUAAAAAUGUCGAAACAAUAAUUUCCCAGGGUAAUUAUUCGAGCAUUUACGGUAAUACGAUUUUCGGCACAUUUAUCAGGGAUUUUUCAGUUUGGCCUUUCACUUUAUAUUUUAAUUUUAAUCACUUUUUAAAAGCACUUUCUCGUAUCCCUAAUUUAUUCCUUUUGUCAUUUAUAGCCCUAAAAUGGUGGAUUCAAUCCUAUUUGGCCAGUAUUAAACAUUUAGUGAUUGGCCUACAUGAAAAUCGUUUUUAAAAAAUUUUUUUAAAUUAAAAUAAUAAUUCCUUUUAGUUCAAUUAAACCGAGUUGAAUUAAUUGAAGUAAAUUCUCUUUUUAAAUAUUUUUCUCGUGAAAAUCUAAAUUCUGCCUGUUGUUUUGCUUUUCUUUAUUUAUUUCUUCAGACAAUUAAAAGGUUCCCCGUAAAAUUAGAAAUUCUUUUUAUUAUUUUUUUCUCAGUUAUUUGGAUGAGGGAAUGGAAGAGGAUAUUCUUGUAGCUGAAAGGCUACCAAACUCAAAUGAAUUUAAUUUUCAAUUGUUUGAAAAGGGUAGUGAAAUGGCAAACAAUUAUUGUGUUUUGAGUGAGGAAUUUAAGGUGUUUAUAUUUUUAAAAUGUUUUUCUGUCAAAUCUAGAGAUUUUUAA